AUGGUCUGGAUCACUGGACAGUCACAUCCAGACAAUGAUAAUGAAAUGUUCAGGAUAUCAUUAAAGGAGAAACCUCUGUCCUUACAGAGGGGUGGAUCAACAGACUCAGGAGUUAGAACACAGCAACACCCACCCAACCCACACACAUCAUCCCAGACACAGCAACACCAUCCCAACCAGAACACAUCAUCCCCAGACACAGCAUCCCAAGACCAACACCACCCAGCACACCAUCACCAGACACACCAGCACACAUCAUCCCCAGACACAUCCACCCAGAACACAGUAACACCACACCAACCAGCACACAUCAUCCCCAGACACAGCACACCACAACCACCCAGCAUCACCAGACACACACAUCAUCCCCAGAACACAGCAUCACUAGACACACCACCACCCACCCAGAACACAUCAUCACCAGACACAGCACCACCACCCACCCAGAGCACAGCAUCACCAGACACAGCAACACCACCCAACCCAGAACACAGCAUCCCAGACACAGCAACACCACCCACCCAGCACACAGCAUCCACCAGACACAGCAACACCACCCAACCAGCACACAUCAUCCCCAGACACAGCAACACCACCCAACCAGCACACAUCAUCCCCAGACACAGCAACACCACCCAACCAGCACACAUCAUCCCCAGACACAGCAACACCACCCAACCAGCACACAUCAUCCCCAGACACAGCAACACCACCCAACCAGUACACAUCAUCCCCAGACACAGCAACACCACCCAGCCAGGACACAUCAUCCCAGACACAGCAACACCACCAACCAGCACACAUCAUCCCCAGACACAGCAACACCGCCCAACCAGCACACAACCGGAACCACUUUGUUUUCUUGUCCUCAGAACAAACUGUGUCACAGCGUUUUCAGGAACAGGAUGUUUAUGUUUUUGA